AUGGGCUCCGCGGGUUCAAAGCCGGCUGACUUCGAGAGCGAGGCGCGCGGCAUCGCUGUGAUGCUUAUUGUGCUCACCACAGUGGCAAUCAUCUCACGACUGAUUUCGCGGUAUUUUCAGCCGGUGAAAAUCGGUACGGAUGACUACGUCGUUGCUCUUGGCUAUGCGACCACUGCGCUAGCCUUUCUCUACACAUUCACGAUCAUCACCAUCAAGAUAUCUGUUCUGUUCAUGUAUCGCCGCAUCUUCACCCUCAACGAAAGAUGGUUCCGGAUUGGUUGGUGGGUAAACUUCUUGCUGAUUUUUCCAUGCUACACCGUGACUGCGGUUACACUUACCGCCUGGCAAGUCGCCAACAGCGAGAAGUUUGGUGCGAACAACAUCAGCAAGUAUGCUGCCUACGUCCUUAGCUCUGUAAAUGCGGUUUCCGACGUUCUUGUUCUGGCUCUUCCCGUCACAAUGGUGUGGCGCCUACACCUCCCAGCCCGAGAAAAAGCUGCGGUAAUGGGAAUUUUCCUGCUUGGUUUAGUAGCGACCUCAAUUUCGAUAAUGCGUGUCGUUCGAUUCCGCAUCAAAAGAGAACACCACUGGAAUGCCGCAUACGCCUUCUACAACGAUUCCAUAACAUCCUCGACGGAAACAUCUGUGGCGAUGAUCUGCGUGUGUCUCACAGUCGUCAAACCGUUGCUGCGUAAGACGAGAGACAUCGCAGCUUCGGGUGCGGCUUCGCUAGUCAGUCUGAUUUCCCAAGGCUCUGGGGGGAGAAGAUCACCCAGAUCGAAGGCCAGUGGAGCGGACGCUAUACGAAGCACCAGCGGUGCCGUACAUUCCCGGAAACACAAUAAUGGGAUUACGGCAAUUCAACAGUACGAUAUCGACGCGCUUCCGAGGAAGCCUUCAAGCAGCCAACCCUCGAGCAGCAAUGAUGAUGAGAUUGCGUUGGUAGAUAUGAAUCCGUGAGAAGGAAAGCAAAAGAAUCAUCUUGACGCUCAAAAGAGACAUAUAGCUGAGCUUUACGGGAGUCAAAAUCAUGUAUAUCUCAGGUGGCCUCGGGAGAAUAGUU